UAGUGUUCCCAUGUAACUAAGGCAAGCUAAGCAAAGUUCAAAAUUUUCGUCGAAUGAAAUUCCAAAUUUGUUUCGUCUUCAGUUUCCGGCAGACCAAGUCCUCAUUUGGACACCGCCGCCAUCGUCAUCACCGCAUCUGAUUGCAGCAAACCCAUACACGCUAAAGCAGCCUGCCUAAUCCCCUAGAGAACUGGUACUCGAUUUCCCCAAACUGAUGAUCAUCGAACUUUGCCUGGAGUUUCACUUGAUGUGGAAGUCGAAUGUCCGCAUAUAUUUUUUGCGAAUGAGAGUGGCCAUUGUUAAUCAACUGGAGCCAAUUGGGGACUUCUCCUACUAGAAUUAUUCAUAAUAUCAAGCAAAUCCAUCCAGGAUCAGGGUUAACUAGACGUCCAUUUGUUCAGGAGCAAGCUGAACCAAAUGUCUGGAUCGAGGCGACGCCGUACCGCUAUGGAAUACUACGAAUACAUAAUGCCCGGAAUUUAUGACUAUCCGGUGAUCCAAUGUCAUUCCAGUGAAAUCCGUUCCUAUAGUAUUGACCCCAUACUGACCAGUGCUUCAGCAUCUUGGUCAAUUCCAGAUGGCAAUGCCGCCUAUGUAGCUGGACCAAUGGGUGUGAUCAACUACCUAUCGGAUAUGCAAACGCACUUGGCUCUGCCAACUAGGCAAAAUCUGGAAACUGGUCUUAUUUGUUCAACCAUUGAUUCCAACUCGUGUUUCCAUGAGCCACAUCGAGAAUAUGUUCAAAUUGAGAAUGAUCACACCAAUGACGACGAGGGAUACGGCUAUGAGAUUCCAGAGAUUGUUCUCUGCUUAAGCCGUUCAAAUUCGGAGUCGGGCGCAGCUGAGGAAUCUGGUGAUUCCCAGCGUUCGUCGAAGAGUUAUUCAUCGGUGGAGAUCAGCGAGCAGUCAAGAUCGGGGGAAUACGUUAAAUUAGAAUCGGUUCCCAGGAGGCGAAGAAAAGUCUCGCAAAAGCGCAAAUAUACCGCCGAGCAGGGUUACCUGGUUGAGGAACCCACCAGCGAACUAUCUGAGGAGGAUGUCGAGGAACUGCCACCAAAAUCCAGAAAAUAGAUAUCCAGUUCAGCAUUUACGUUUGACUACAGACAGAUUUCCAGAAACGUUACCUUAUUUGAUUUUUCGUUGGAAUUUGUAGUGAUCUAAAUAUAUAUAUUUUAUAAAUA